AUGCUUAUAAGUUCUCCCCUUGACAAUCACAGUUGACAACAAAAGCAUUGUCCAUCUCUGUAGCAAAUCUUGAGAUAAGUCACUUCAUUUUUACAGUUGAGGAAACAGGCUCCUGCCUCAUGAAUUUAAGCUUUGUGUUUUCUUGUGAACAUGUAAUAAAUUGUAAUAGGUAUAAGAUAAAUGGACAAGCUGGUGUGGUCCUGAAUGAAGUAGAGAGGACAACUGAUUGAAGCUUGUUGUUCAGGGAGAACCUUGCUCAAGAGAUGACAUUUGAACUGAGACUUGAGGGAUAAAGAGGAGCCAGGAAAGGAUGUCUCAAAGUAGGAAAUAGGUGCAAAGGUCUUGUGGUGGCAACUUGCUCAGAGCUGGGCUGUGGAUAUAGUAACUGUUGGUCACAUGUGCAUAUUUAAAUUUGAAGUGAUUAAAGUUAGGUAAAAUUGAAAAUUGAGUCCCUCAGCCACACUAGCCACAUUUCAACAUGGUCAUUAGUUAGAGGUUACCGUUUUGGACAGUAUCAAUUAUAGAAUGUUUGCACUGUCUUAGAAAGCUCUUUUGAACAGUGUUGAACGUGUUGAAGGAAAAGCCAGAGGUUGAGGGUAGGGAGGUGAACUUUAGAUAGAACCAGAACAUUUGGGGCCUUGUGAGCCAUGAUAAGAAAGGCAGAUUUUAUUUUCUGGCUAGAGGGAGCCACGGGGAGAGUUUUAAGCAAGGAAGGACACGUGUGAUAUGUGCCUUUGGAGUUCACUUCAUCUGCUGCAUGGAGAUUGAGCUGUUGGCAGGAGGAGAAGCAGGGGAGACCACUGAAGAACUGGGUCUAGCAUCCAGGCAGGGUAUUAUCAUGCUUGGUCACUGGGGGCUGUGGUGUGUUUAGAGCACUUGCCUGGUGUGCAGAAGGCCCUGGGUUCUCCCCUGUUCCACAUAGGAAAAAAGUCAGCGAGACACAGGCUUUGUUUUGUGGUGAAACCAGCAGAUUCAUGAUGGGAUAGGAAGGGUAGAAACUACUGGCUGGCUGGGAAUGCCUUUUGUUGAAGCCGACCCUGGGGAAGAUGUGUGUGCAAUUAACUUACCAAGAGAAAUACGCAGGGGGAAGAGGAAACAGGACGGGGUUAAGGAUGACCUCAGUCACGGACAAGUUCACUGAGAGCGUCUAUGUCCUGGCCAAUGAGCCAUCUGUGGCCCUGUACCGGCUGCAGGAGCAUGUUCGCCGCUCUCUGCCUGAGCUGGCCCAGCACAAGGCGGACAUGCAGCGGUGGGAAGAACAGAGCCAGGGAGCCAUUUACACUGUAGAGUACGCCUGCAGUGCCGUCAAGAACUUGGUUGACAGCAGCGUGUACUUCCGCAGUGUCGAAGGUCUGCUCAAACAGGCCAUCAGCAUCCGAGACCACAUGAACGCCACUGCCCAGGGCCACAGCCCUGAGGAACUGCCCCCGCCCUCCUCAGCCUGAUCCUGGAAGAAACAUGAAGGCCUCUGGCCUCCCUACACCCAGAAGAGAAAACCGAGGCUCAGAUAAGUGAGGCAGCCAGCCCAGGGUCAAGACCCCUGCCCAGAAGCACCAGGAUUCACACCUAGACCUUCUGACCCCCGGGAUUCACAUGGUCCUCGGCCCAAGCUCCUCAUGGAACAACUCUUUAGCCCUUGGUCUGCCUCUCAUACUCCUUCCUCACUGCCCAGCCUGACCAGAGCUGGGUCCUGGACACCACCUUGUGCGACCAAGAGGGAUUAAAGACCAAGCAGCCUAGGCCAACACAGACCUGCUCCUGCCGAAGCCUCCAGGGCCAGCCAUAAUUGUCCCAAGACAUGCCUUUUCUUCCUGUGCUCUGACCUGCCCCUGCCGCCCAUGGACACUGUUUCUUGGGUCAAUAAUUGCCCCGGUGAUAAUCCUGAUUGUGUACCCACUAUGUGUGGUAUGCUCUGCCUGGGUUAUCUCCUGUCAUUCUCAGACAAUCCCUUUAGGCAGGUAUCACCCCCAAGUACAGAUGGGAAAUGAGAGGCUCCAAAAGAUGGUGUGAAUUGUGUCAGGUCAUACAGCUAAAGAGCAGGCCUUGGCUCAGGCCUCCCAGUUUGGUCUCAACCUGCCUCUGACAUGCUGGGUGAUGUGGGGCUGGUGCUGGCCCUCUCUAGUUCUCCCUUUCUCCAUCUGGACAAGGAAAACUGUACUGAACAUGUUCUAUAGGCUGAGGGAGGGAAGAAGGGGGAUGGAAAGAAAGAAAUAAAUGGGACCUAAUUGGCAGGCUUCUUGGGAUUUUGCUGGAAGCAUGGGAACUGUGCUUCCACCAGGGUGGGUGGUUGAACUGGGUAGAUGGAAGGAGGGACACCUGAGAACAUUUCAUGACACCCUGGAUCCAGCUGUACCUGAAGUUAACUUAUUUCAAUUCUUCCGUCUCAUGAGGCCUUCAGUUACCUUUUUGCCAUAAUUGCUUUGAGGCUAUUCCUGCAGGUAACUGCAGAAGAGCCAGUGCUGAGUCCUGUGAAUUCUACUGCACAUGUCUGCAGUGUACACACCUCCAAGACCAGCUGUGUGCAGAUGUUAGCCCCAGAAUUAUUUGCUCCAAUAAAAUGUAUUAGGAAGA